CACAACACCAUUGUCCAUCCCAUAAUCACAAACAAUCACAACAAAGCAACCAACACUCCAUCCCCAAUUUCAAAUACCUACAUCCAUCCUCACCCCCCACAAGCACCACUCUCUUUACCAAAACAACAACAUAAACCAUAAAUCAAUAAUCUACCCAAAAAUGCACAUUCCACUCCGAAUCCUCCUCAUCCCCACCCUCCUCACAAACGCACACAUCGUCCUCAAAACCCCCAAACCCUUCAAAUUCCCCGCCUACGGCCCCUCCAACCCAAUAGACCCAACAAACCCCGACUGGCCCUGCAAACUCCCCUCGGGGGUCGGCACCUUAAAAAUCGACGGCUCACCCACCCACAUCGUCGCCGGCACAUCGCAAACCCUCUCUUUUGAGCGAGGGAACGGUGCAGUUCACGGCGGAGGCUCGUGUCAGAUCUCUUUACUGCCGGGGUUUGCACCGAGUAAGGAGAAUGCGGAUUUUAGGGUGAUUAAGAGUUGGGAGGGGGGAUGUCCGGCGAGGAAUCAAGAAGGGAAUUUGCGGGAUGGGGAGGAGGCUGGGAAGUAUGAGUUUGUGAUCCCGAGGGAGGUGGGGGAUGGGGAGUAUACUUUUGCUUGGACUUGGUACGUACUCUUACAUCUCUCUUCUCGCUUAUCACAUCAGAUACAUCACAUACAUCACACUUCUCUCCAUCCCAUACUUUCCCUCGCUUAUUCUCCAACUCCCUAACCUUAAAAUCUAACAACACUACCCCCGCAUAGGAUCCAACGCAUAGGUGGCAGCCCCGAAUUCUACCAAAACUGCGCACCAAUAACCAUUUCCGGGGGUAACUCCUCCUCCUCCUCAUCCUCCUUCCUACAAACCCUCCCACCGGUCUUCAUGGCGAACAUGGGACCGGCUUCACAUGGAUGCGAGACAUCGGUUGAGCAUGAACAGAGGAAAGCGGUUCGGUAUCCGAAUCCCGGGAAGGAUGUUGAGUACCCCGAGGGAGAGGGGAAUUUGUUUGGCAGUGUGGCGAGGUGUGAUGGGAAUCCUUUUGCUAAGGGUGAGGGGGGUGAGUCGAAACAAUCUGCGAAUCCUGCGAUUCACGAUGAGUCGAAAGCAACCUCGACGCAAGCGAAACCUGAAACUAAAUCCAAAUCAUCACCAAACACGCACCCCUCAUCCCCCUCACCCCCCUCAUCUCCUUCAACCCCCACAAACACAAACUCAAACUCAAAAUGCAAAGAAGGCACCCUCCACUGUAACCCCGAUCAAACCUCCUUCUCAACCUGUACCGGCGGUCAAUUCCGAGCUCCCAUCCCUCUGGCUGCGGGAACGAGGUGUAAAGGUGGGAUUGGGGUGGGAUUUGAGAUUGAGGAUUUGAGUUAUGGGGGGUAG